AUGAUGCAAAGAGCAACGCGAACGUGGGAAGAGCUACGAAGUAGCGCUCGAGUGGCCGAGCGGACGCUUGGAGACAAGAUUACAGCGUACACAGUGAUUAGUAGAGACCAGAUACGCAAUUCAGUCGCAUCAUAUGAUGAAGAAAAUCCACGAGAGGAGACUGCAAAUGAAAAGGAAUUGGCGGCAUGUAUUGAAGAUGCACUUGCAUCACUGUCUGAUACAAUUGACGAGAUGAGUGUACUUGUGGACAAAAGUUCAGUCAAGACACAGGAAGCUAUAUUACAACGCUACCGUGAGCUCUACUUUGAUUAUAAUACUGAGUUUCGUCGCUCAAUGAGCUCUUUGCAGGAGAAACGAGACGCUCAGAAGUUGUUUGGUAACAGAGCUCACAACAACCACUCGGACGAUGUCGAAAUGGACUCGCUGCUAAAUGAGCGCAGAGCUGUAGACUCUUCACGAUCCAUAGCUAGCAGCAUUAUUGAGCAGGCGAUAGCAACGAGGAACGCCCUGGAAAACCAGCGCCGGCAGUUCAUGUCAUCGCACGACAAGGUUGCAACAUUAGGCAAUUCGUUCUCCGGUAUCAACACGCUUGUGGAGCAGGUUCGUCGCAAGAAGAUGCGCAACAAUACCAUUCUUGCUCUGGUAAUUGCCGGCUGCGUCUGCUUUACGCUCUGGUGGGUUGUCUUGUCGAAACUUUAG